UCGCCUCCCUCUGUUACGAUCCCACGUCUCCUUUCUAUAAAAACCACGACGGAAAAAAUUUCUAAUAAAAAUAAAAUCAAUCAACAUCAACAAUAAUUAAAAAGAACAAGAACGAAACCCUAACGAUCUUGAUCCGGACUUUUAAUCUUUGAAUGCCUGAUUUUAUAAACGAAUCCAAAUCAUGUCAAACUCUGAUAAACCGCCGCCGCCGCAGCCUCCACCACCACGACCGCAACGUGCAAGGACUGUCUUGAUCCGGUCGGUCUGGGCAGACAAUUUAGAAGAAGAAUUCAAGUUUAUCCGAUCCGAAAUCGACAGGUACCCGUUAAUCUCAAUGGACACAGAGUUUCCCGGUAUCGUCGUCCGUCCUGUCGUUGGAGAUCCGUACAACCGCCAUCGUGACCCGACCGCUCACUACUUGAGCCUCAAAGCCAACGUUGAUCUCUUAAAUCUGAUCCAAAUAGGACUCACGAUCGCUGACGAGGAUGGGAAUUUACCCGAUCUAGGUUUUAAGGAUCUCUGCUUCAUUUGGGAAUUCAAUUUUAGGGAUUUUGACGUGGCGCAUGAUGCACAUGCGCAUGACUCGGUGGAGUUGUUGAGGCGGCAGGGAAUUGAUUUCGAGAAGAAUCGGGAGCUCGGGAUUGACUCGGUGAAAUUCGCUGAGUUGAUGAUGUCGAGUGGACUCGUGCUGAAUCAGUCAGUGAGUUGGGUAACGUUUCACUGUGCUUAUGAUUUUGGUUACUUAGUGAAAUGUUUGACUCAUAAAGUGUUGCCAGAGGGGUUAAAUGAGUUCUUGGAAUUAGUGAGGGUGUUUUUUGGAGAUAGGGUUUAUGAUAUAAAGCAUAUAAUAAGGUUUUGUGAGGGUUUAUAUGGUGGAUUGGACCGGGUAUGUAAGGAACUGGGCGUGGAUCGGGUUAUAGGGAAGAGUCAUCAAGCCGGGUCAGAUAGUUUGUUGACAUUGCAUGCUUAUUUGAAGAUACAAGAUAAGUAUUUUUUCAAGGAUAAAGAUAAUGAUCGAGGAUUAGAGAAGCACGCUAAUGUUUUGCAUGGUUUAGAAUUGUUUGAUUGGAUUGUAGAUUGAUCCGUCCCUUUUCAUCCUUGGAAAGUUGGUUUAUCACUUUUUGUACACAUUUUUCACUUUGAUCAAGUUUUAAUAGUAGCUCUCAAGUUUAAAUCUUUUGGUUAAUCUAUAUAUGUUUUUCUGCGUUGAACUUUAUUUGUUUGAAUUUAAUUUAACAAUGUACGUGCUUGCUUACCUUGAUAAAAACAGUGGCAGUGUUCAGAGCUAACAUUGGGGCUAUAAUUCUGGGAAUUAAUGGACUUGGAAACACAAAGAAUCCAAUUUAGUGUACUGAAAGUGUAUCUUUCAGAGAUUUUUAGAGCAGGGUUGAAUGAUUUUUAGAGCAGGAUAGAAGACAAUACUGUUUCCAAGAACAAUACCAAAUUUUUCCUCCUUGAAAAGGACUAAUGCAAGAAAGCAUGAUGACUUGAAAGCUGCUGGCUGGUGACUUUAUCUAAAGGUCUGGCUUACCUGCUUCGGAAUUCGUUGGCAAGAGGAAAAUAAUACUACAUUUGCUACACAACUUCAAAGCCUGGAGAACAAAAAACAUCAAACCUUUGAAGUGGAGAAAGGGCGUCCGACCCCCUUUGACUGCUUAGUUUCUUUCAACUGAAUAAUUGUACCCCAGAGAAACAGAUCCCGUCAUUGUAAUAUUAUUGUCCACAUAGAAAGGCAUAUGCUUACGAAUGAGUUAUGUAUAUUGCCCCAUCAUUCAAUCAAAAAGUUUACAGAUAGACCUGACACAUGAA